AUGUUCAAAUUUAGCCGUGUUAUUCCUCGAGCCCGUUCAUGCAGCUACCAAUCAUGGUGCUGCGGCAACAGAAUUGGGUCUUUGGCUCAAGGAAAAUCAUACUCAUCGUCUUCAAAGAUUACCACACACUUCGGUGGUAAAGGCUGCGCUCCUCCCCGAUCCGGUGUUCCUUACUCCCCUGCUGCUAAAGGCAAUGGGUUUGUCUUCGUAUCAGGCCAAGUAGCUGCCGACGGCAAUGGCAAAUAUCUUCCGGUCGAGGCCUCCGUCACCGAGAAGACACACAAGAUGAUCCAGAAUGUCAAGAGUAUCCUAGAAUCUUCCGGGUCUUCCCUAGACCAAGUGAUCAAGGCUAAUAUUAUCUUCGUUCACUUGGAUCGCGACUAUGAGGAGUUCAAUGAGGUUUACAAGCAGUAUUUCCCUCAUAAUCCGGCUAGGACAAGUGUUGAAGUUAGUGGACUACCCAAGCCCGCUGAUUUGGAGAUCGAAGUAAUUGCGUUAGCGAAUUAA